UCAAUUCUUUGUCUCCCGCUCUCCAUCCUCCACCAUACCUGGCCCUCCCUCUGCUCUUCCAUUAGUUUUCUUUUUUUCUCGCGGAGUAAUAUUAAAUGCUCGCAUCUCCCACUCAAGAAAGAAAGGAACCGUUACUUUCAAGAGAGAGAAAACAAACUCACUCUCAGGGGCAUCGCAGUAUCAGUAUUACUAUCUUAGCGUAAAGCAAUCAUAACUGAUUCUACCUCCAUUUCUCUGCUACCUAAUUUCUCCACUGUUUAGUUGUGCUUAGAAACGGGGGAAAUGGGGCUGAUUUCAGGGAUAUUUUUGGGGAUCAUCUUUGGAAUCGGGUUGAUGGCUGGAUGGAAACACAUGAUGCAGUACCGAAGCACCAAAAGAGCUGCCAAGGCAGUUGAUAUAAAACUUCUCGGGUCACUCAACAGAGAUGAUUUGAAGAAAAUAUGUGGUGAUAAUUUUCCUGAUUGGAUAUCUUUUCCUGCUUUUGAACAGGUGAAAUGGCUAAACAAGCAAUUGGGCAAAUUAUGGCCUUUUGUUGCAGAAGCAGCUACACUGGUGGUUAAAGAAUCUGUUGAACCACUAUUGGAAGACUACCGACCCCCAGGGAUUACUUCUUUAAAGUUUAACAAAUUUUCUCUUGGAACUGUGCCCCCCAAGAUUGAAGGCAUUCGUGUCCAAAGUCUCAAGCAAGGUGAAGUUACCAUGGAUAUUGAUUUGAGGUGGUGUGGUAAUCCAAGCAUCAUUCUAGGCGUUGAAGCUGCACUUGUUGCUUCCAUACCCAUUCAACUGAAAGAUCUUGAAGUUUACACUGUUAUCCGUGUUAUCUUCCAUCUUGCUGAAGAGAUUCCAUGUAUUUCUGCUCUUGUUAUUGCUCUACUUGCUGAGCCAAAGCCGAAGAUAGAAUAUGUUCUCAAGGCUGUUGGUGGAAGCUUAACAGCCCUUCCUGGAGUAUCAGAUAUGAUUGAUGAUACUGUGAAUUCAAUUGUCACAGAUAUGCUUCAGUGGCCCCACAGGAUUGUUGUUCCACUUGGUGGUAUCCCUGUUGACACAAGCGAAUUAGAGCUUAAACCACAAGGAAAGCUUACAGUGACGGUAGUGAAGGCAAAUGACUUGAAGAACAUGGAAAUGAUUGGAAAAUCUGAUCCUUAUGCAGUUGUAUAUAUUCGGCCAAUGUUCAAGGUUAAAACACAAGUUGUUGAUAAUAACCUCAAUCCUGUUUGGAAUCAAACAUUUGACUUGAUUGCUGAAGACAAGGAGACACAGUCGCUUAUCCUUGAGGUCUUUGAUAAGGACAUUGGUCAAGACAAGAGAUUAGGAAGAGCAAAAUUGGCCUUAAAUGAGCUGGAAGCCGAAACUUGGAAGGAAGUGGAGUUGAGACUCUUAUCAUCAUUUGAUACCUUGAAGGUCAAGGAUAAGAAGGAUAGAGGAACUAUCACAAUUAAGGUCUUGUACCAUGAAUUUAACAAGGAAGAGCAGUUGGUUGCUCUAGAAGAAGAGAAGAAGAUUGUAGAGGAACGAAAGAAACUAAAAGAAGCUGGAGUUAUAGGGAGCACAAUGGAUGCACUUGAUGGGGCAGCAUCACUGUUGGGAUCAGGUGUUGGAAUGGUGGGCACUGGCAUUGGUGCUGGAGUUGGCCUUGUGGGAACUGGUGUUGGUGCCGGGGUCGGGCUUGUGGGAAAUGGCCUCGGAGCUGUUGGCAGUGGCCUGGGCAAAGCAGGAAGAUUCAUGGGCAGGACAAUCACCGGGCAAUCCAGCAAGAGAAGUGGCACCACAACUCCAGUCAAUAAUGUGCAAGAAAAUGGUGGGGCAAAGCCCCUGUAGUCCCGCUGGUGAAGAAUGUGAGUUUGGCCUCGAAUAUACUCUGUUUGUAAUGGUGAUUAUGGUUAAUUUUUAAAAUGUUUUUCAUUUUAAAAAAAUUAUUUUUAAUAUUAUUAUAUUAUAAUAAUUUAAAAACAUCAAAAAAAUAUUAAUUUAAAAUAAAAAAAUUAUUUUUAAAAUAUAAAAAUAAACAGGUCUAAUGAUAAAGCUUGAGAUGUUGCUUUGCUCCAUGUUUUUUCUACUCAAGUUUUUUCUGCUACUUUGGUAUGUAUAUCUGUUAUUAGUUUCAACUGUAUAAUCCUAGUUGAAUUAUUUUACGUGAAUGCGUAGCAACAGUCUUCUUAAACACUGAUAAUACACAUUUUCGAAGAAAAAAUAUAUUUUUUUUUA